AUGACUCUUUCCAAACAUGUCGACGCCGACAAAUUGAGUUCUGAGCUUCUUUCUCGCGCGAAGAAGAACACCCUCUCUCUGACCGAGCAAUACAUCUUCGACUAUGAUUCCAAUUCUGCUGCACCCAAGUAUCAGAUUCCCGAAAAGUCUUCCAAUGGUGAUUUGGUCUUGCGUUAUGUGACUGAGGGUUUGGCCCUUGACGGUAUUCCCACUUUGAACUUUGCCUCAUUUGUCAACACUGACUUGGAUCCCCAUGCUGAAAAAUUGAUCACUAAUAACAUUGUGAAGAACUUGGCCGACAACGAUGAAUAUCCUUCAUUGAUCGAGUGCCAACAACGGUGUAUCAACAUCUUGGCUAAUUUGUGGAAUGCCCCCGUCGCUGACGACAAGAACGCCAUUGGUACAGCUACUACUGGUUCCUCUGAGGCCAUCAUGUUGGCUGGAUUGGCCAUGAAGAAGACAUGGCAAGAGAAGAGAAAGAAGGCUGGUAAGUCGAUUGAAAAUCCAAACAUUCUUAUGGCUUCUGUGGCCCAGGUUGCUUUGGAGAAGUUUGCUCGUUAUUUCGAUGUAGAAGACAGAAUCAUUCGUGUAACUGCAGAAAGCAACCACUUGAUCGACACUACUGAGAUCAAGAAGAACAUUGAUGAGAACACUAUCGGUAUUUUCGUCAUUGUUGGUUCCACAUUCACUGGUGCUUUUGAACCAGUGGAGCAAAUCUCCCAGUUGCUUGACGAAGUCCAAGAAGAGACCGGUUUGGAUAUUCCAAUCCAUGUAGAUGGUGCUUCUGGAGGUUUUAUUGCCCCAUUUGCGUUCCCUCACUUGAAGUGGGACUUCUCUGUGCCUCGUGUUGUGUCUAUUAACACUUCUGGACACAAAUUCGGAUUGACCACCGCUGGUUUGGGUUGGGUCAUCUGGCGUGAGGUGCAAUACUUACCAGAAACAUUGCGUUUCAAGUUAGACUAUUUGGGAGGAGUUGAAGAGACCUUCGGUUUGAACUUCUCGCGUCCAGGAUUCCCUGUGUUGCAUCAAUACUACAACUUCCUUACUUUCGGAAGAGAGGGAUACACCAAGAAGUUUGUCAGUUGUCUCGCAAACGCCAGAUUGUUGUCUAAUUUCUUGGAAGGUACUGGAUACUACGAGGUUUUAUCCGUCAUUCACCGUCCAGUCUCUGCCGAAGAGAAGAAGAAGAUUUACACCAGAGCACACGAUCCUAAUGUGCACCACAAAUCUAAGGACCUUGAUAAUGAGGAUUACAUGCCCGGCUUGCCGGUUGUGGCCUUCCGUUUCUCGGACAAGUUCAGACAAGACUAUCCUGAUAUCCCACAGGCAAUGGUGUCGCUUUUGUUGAGAAACAGACAAUUUAUUAUUCCAAACUACCAUUUAACCCCUGCUGAGCAGGAGAAGGAGAUUUUGCGUGUGGUUGUCAAAGAUAAUUUGCCCCUCAACUUGUUGGAGAAGCUCAUGAGCGCUAUCGUUGAAACCACAGAACUACUUAUCAGAUCACACGAUGCUGUGGUUGGUGCCUUGGACAGCACCAAGGUCACUUCUGAUGCUGACAGAAAGGCCCUUGUGUACAAAGUCCUUCUUAGCAUCACCUCCAAUGGUGUUGAGGAUGUUAAGGACGUUCAAAGAAAGACUCUUGACAAGCCCGGAACUGGCCACCACAAACACAAAAGAUCCUACCGUGGUGCAUGUUAA